AUUGCUAUGCACAGCCAUCUAGUUGAGGGUUCGGAAAACGUGACCACACGUCGUCCAAUUAUUAUACUUUUCUACGCUACCGAAGUUUGCCAGAUGGAAGCAGUGAAGUGUCGUAUAAAGAAUACCUUUGUCGAUUUUAUCAAACGAAUUCUUCGAGCCAUACCUGAAAGUACAAUAAUAGACUUGGCUGGAACCUGCAGCCUGAUUAAAUAAAUAGUAUUGUCUAUCUCCCGAAGUGCUCUACCAGCAGCAGUAACCCAACUACCUUUCAGCUCGGCACAAAUAGAUUCAAUCAAAUCCAACGAAACUUUUUGCCGUUUUAUUAAGAGUUCCAAGACACAUAACCUUGUUAACUGCGUGCAAGUGUUUGUUCGCAGUUUAAUUUUGAUUGUAAGCGCAAAAAAUAUGGAGGGUCAACAAUUUUGUUUGCGGUGGCACAAUUUUCAAAACACAUUGUUGAGCUCUCUUCCUAAACUGCUCGACGGUGGCUAUUUAACAGAUGUCACAUUGAGCGCCGGCGGUAGACAUAUACACGCGCAUAAAAUUAUACUUUCAGCUUGCAGUUACUAUUUUAAAGAAUUAUUUAAGGAUUUAAGUUCUUUGCAACAUCCUGUAAUCGUAUUACCAGGCAUGGAAUAUGCGAAUUUAUGCGCAUUAGUUACAUUUAUGUAUAACGGCGAAGUGAAUAUUUAUCAAGAACAAUUACCUGCGCUUUUGGCUAUGGCUGAUACUCUGCAUAUUCGUGGCCUAGCUGACAUUGCCGGGAAAAAUUCGAGACACGACAAUGGUUUAUACGUCCAAACACCAUCGACGCAAUUACAAGAGAAAACAUUACCCGAAGCACCGAUAAAGAAAGAAAAUAAAGACAGUGUCACGAGCGGAGAGUCCUUAGAAACAGUUUUGGCAACAGAUGUAACGGAAAAUAUAGAAGAACCAUUUAACGAUCAAGAAAGUAUAUCGUACUGCGUGAAGACCAAGCCUUAUUACUCCAUUAAUGCAAAACUAAAUCAAAGAGAAAAAGUCAGUAUUCCUUCUGUUAAUACUUCGCCCAACAAGUACGCCGAGCAAGGAUAUUCGGAUAGCGGAAUGGAUGAAGGUACACCAAUUUUAGAAGAUCAAAUUACUCCGGUAGAAGAAACAAAACCACCACCUGUUUGGGACACAAAUUUCAAAUUUCUUACUAGUUCCGUGGCCGGAAGAACUUCACAAAAUUACAAUAAAUCCAGUGUCACUUGCCUUAUCUGUGGAAAACAAUUAAGUAAUCAAUAUAAUUUGCGGGUACAUAUGGAAACUCAUAGUAAUAGUUCGUAUAGCUGUACGGCCUGUUCGCACGUAUCAAGAUCGCGAGACGCACUCCGGAAACACGUUUCGUAUAGACAUCCAGUGGCUUCGCCACAAAAACGUUCGCGAUAUAAUACACCCAAACCCUAAUAGUUAUUAUUUGCAUAGACGAAUAUCUUGUAUUAAUUCACGCCCUUAUUUUAGGUUACCUAAUUUGUCUAAAAAGUUAACGUUGUUAUUCAAGUCGAUUAUUAACUUAAAAAUUGAGAAUUAAAAUUAAAGGUUAGGAAAUGAAUUUUCUGAUUUUUAUUAUUU